ACAUCUGCAAGGGCUGCUCACUUGUCUAUUGCCCUACGUGUGCGUCCUAAUAUGGGGUGGGCUAUGUGAGGGGGCCAACAGCUGGGGGAAGCAGGGACAACACAAGGGUUAACCAGACAACAUGUCAGCUGACUCUGGGGACAUUGACCUGACAUUUGUCUGUGAGGUAACUGCUCAGUCUGCUUCACCAUCCUAAGGGAGCAGUCAUGUGUUUGUCAGUCGCACUUUAUGUGGGUUUUUAUGUUUUAACGUCGGCUGCUGGUCAAACCGAGUCCGCUCCUGGAUCCUCGUACGUCGCCGCCGUGUACGAGCAUCACUUCGUCCUGAACCCGGAGCCUCGGGUUCCACUGUCCCGACCCGAGGCUCUGCGAAAUGUGGAGAAGAACCUGCAGAUUUACGAGGAGCAGAGUGAGAAGGCUGCCCGGCAGGGGGCCCAGAUCCUGGUGUUUCCAGAGGACGGCCUUCAGGGUUUCAACUUAAAUCGAUCGUCCAUCUCUGGUUACCUGGAAACCAUUCCUGACCCCCAGCAGGAGAACUGGAAUCCCUGCACAGAGCCGGGCAGACACAACAACACUGAGAUUCUCCAGAGGCUGAGCUGUAUGGCACGUCGAUACAGCCUCUACCUGGUGGCCAACAUGGCUGACCUGCAACCUUGCCCCCUGACGACCAGCCCUUCCUCCCCCUGUCCGUCUGAUGGUCAAUGGCAGUUCAACACCAAUGUGGUUUUCAGGUCUGAUGGGCAGCUGGUGGCACGCUACCAUAAACUCAACCUCUACUUUGAGGAGGCCUUUGACUCACCACCGCAGCCGGAGAUCAUAACUUUUGAAACACCUUUCGCCGGGACGUUCGGCCUCCUCACCUGCUUUGACAUCCUGUUCCAGGAACCCACAGUCACCCUGGUGGAGAGGGGUGUGCGUCAGUUUAUCUUCCCCACAGCCUGGACGAACCAGCUCCCCCUGCUGGACUCGAUCCAGUUCCAGCAGGCAUUCAGCCUGGGUGCCAACGUCACCCUGCUGGCGUCCAACAUCCGCAACGACCGUCUAAUUAUGACAGGAAGCGGUAUCUACACGCCUUUUUCUGCCACCUACCACCACGCACAGAGAGGAGAUGCAGAGGAGGGCAGGCUGCUGGUGGCCAGGGUGCCGGUGUUGGACCCACUGGGUGCAGGGCACAGUGUGACGCAAGAGGAGGGUGCAGUCAGGAAAGAGUCCACAUCAUCUGCAGAUACAGUCUCAGGAUACCAAGAAAGCUGUUUUGAUUCUUCUCAUCCUGAAAACCCCUCUGCUGUCUCUCCCUUCAUGUUGUGCGAUCCGUUUACAUUCGUCCUCCUGAAUAAGACAGAGGGCAAACUUGACGUGUGUUACGGCGAUGUCUGCUGUCACCUGCAGUACAGGCAGUCACAACAACAGGGCGGCACUAAAGAGCUCUAUGCAUUGGGGGCAUUUGCUGGCACACACACUGUGAAUGGACGCUGGGCCCUGCAGGUGUGUGCGUUGGUGCGCUGUGCAGGGUUGGAGUCCAGCUCCUGCGGACAGCAAGUGGAAGAGGCAGAGACAAAAAUGGACUUCCUGUUGGAGGGGGAGUUUGGGACCAGACAUGUGUAUCCAUCAAUAUUGGCGAGUCGUUACGUUCUGGAGCAGCCGGGGCACCUGGAGAAGACGGCAGAUGGCAGAGUGACCAUGAAGCAUUCAAACAUGACGGGAGGCCUCGUCACGGCCUGUCUGUACGGACGAAUGUACCACCUGGACAACAAAUGAACUACAGCUGCAGGGAUUCGUUGGUGAACAGAAAAUUAACCCACUGGAAUGAUUGUUAGUGAUUUCAAGGCAAAAAUGCCAAAGAUGAUCUUUGCUUCUCCAAUGUGAGAAUUUUAUGUUUUUUUAUCCCUGUUGGACAUGAUUGUAAAGUGAAUAUAUUUUAGUUUUAGACUGAUGGUUGAAGAGAUCAAGACACUUGAGGGUGUCAGCUUGAGCAAUUUUCAGCAAUUUUAGGAUACAUUUUUUAAACCAGAACGGGACCCAGUAGAGUGCAUACCCUUCAAUUCAACCAAGCGGCACCAAAUUUCACAAACCCAAAUAAAUGUUUGAUUCUUUUCACCAAGAUCUAUGACUUUAAAACAAAAGCGCCUUAUCUCAAAAUGUUAAAGAACCUGAUAGAAAACAUUUCUGCAUCUGACCCCUGAUCCAGAUCCAUACCAAACCUUUAUGGGUUAUUCCCCAACUCGUGUCAAAUUCUUCCGCAAAAUGUUGUGAUUAUAUGUUCAGUAGUUUUUAAACGUAAUCUUGUUUACAAACAAACCAAUGAACAAGGGUGAAAACAACCUCCUUGGUGGAAGUGGAGGAGAUGGAAUUCACUUAAAAAUAGAAUUUUGAAGUUGUCAUCAACACUAGUACUGACAAGUCAGCUGCUAUACUUUGGGACAAACUGCAAUAAAUCAAAAACAAAUAUCUUUA